CCCACCCAAACGGAACGGCCAAAAUUAAACCCAACACCACGCCGAGCAGCAUGAAUCCGCCGCAGCCGGAGCGCCGCCGCGGCCCGCCGAUAGACCUGAACGACGACGUGCUCGGUGAAAUCUUCCUCUGCAUCCCCCCGGAUGACCCCGCGGCCCUCGCCCGCCUCUCCGCCGUCUGCAGCCAGUGGCGCCGCCUCCUCACCGACCCCGACUUCCUCCGCUCCUACCGCGUCCUCCACGGAUCGCCUCCAAUCCUAGGCUUCUUCUGCGAAUCGCUCGACCAGGAAAGGGUCGACUACAAAUGGAUGGUACGCUCCGGCUUCGUCCCCACCACCGCCUUCCGCCCGAUCGUUCCCAGCCACUUCGUGGACUGGUUGCCGUGUGACUGUCGCCACGGCCGCGCCCUGUUUAUCACCCGCGACAGUCAAUCAUCCGAACUACUCCUCUCAUUCCAAUCUACGACCGGCAGAAUGCCCAAGCAAAUCCUCGUAUCGGACCCCAUGACUGGUGCAGAAAAGCUACUGGAUGUGCCAGAGAUGUGGAGUUACAUGCACUGGAGCGCGGCCGUGUUCUGCGCGGUGGGCGGCUGUAAUCAUCUCAACUGCCACGGCGGCCCCUUCCGCGUCGCGUUGGUGGGCAGCGAUUUCUGGAAACCCACGAUUGCCGCCGUCUACUCGUCGGAGACUGAUGCGUGGAGCGAUCCGACCUACAUUGGUCUCCCGAAUUUCUUCGUCAUGCUGAGAAGACGAAGCGUCCUCGUGGGGAACGCGUUGUACUUCCACUGUGGCUGGAACAGUGUCCUGGAGUUCGACAUGGCCAGGAUGAGGUUAGCGGCGAUCACCUUGCCGCCGUUCGAUGACUAUGUGCACUGGUGCAGCACUUGCCUCGUUACCGCGGAGGGUGGCGGGCUGGGGUUCGCCGCCAUGGACAUGGAGGGCCAGUCCAGAGUCCACCUGUGGUCCAAGGAGGAGUCCACGGAUCGAUGGAGCCUCUCCGCAGUCAAGGAUCUCGAGACGCUACUCCCCCGCGAUGCAAUCUCCCCGAUGAUUAAGUUGAUUGGCUUCGCCGAAGGCGUCCGCGUCAUCGUCGUCAGGACUUGUGCUGGCAUCUUCACCGUUGAGCUGGGAUCAUCUGAACGAGCCAAGGUGGUGACGAUGAGAGGUGAAAUCCAUGCUGCUUUUCCUUUCAUGAGCUUCUGCACUCCAGAUCAUUCUAGAGACAGAUUGCCACCAGCAGAAUGAUCCUGCCGCUUACAGCCGUACACGAACCUGCUGCUGUUGGCUUCCUGCAGAGCUGAUGCUUGAAGUUCCUUCUUCUGAUACGCAAUUUAAGCAAAGAAAAGAGUUCACUAAUGGUGACCAAUUUAGUUAGUUUUUCCUGUUUUGCAGUCUUACUGAGAGAAGGGCUAAGUAAUGAUGGUCAUCUCACUAGCUUUUAGAAAAGAGUGAGACUUGUUGGUUAACUACCAUGUCUUCUGGACGAUAACUAUUCAAGUUUCUAAUCUUCAUAUAUGAUAGCUGGGCCAAGUUUUAUUUGGCUGAUUUGGUGAGUACACGCAAGCAAGAUAAAUUGCAUCCCGGUUUUCGAACUGCGGGUAAUUAGACAGAUAAAAGAAUUGUCACUCACUGACCCAUAAAAGAG